UUCGAUCCCUGUUCAGGAGCCACCGGGAUUAGGGAUACGUCCAUUUUUUCAACAUCAUGGCCUUGGGCGGCGGUCUAUGGAUUCUCCAUCUGGGUACCAGUACAAUGCCUUGACGUCCAAUUCAAAAGCCAUGAAUAUCUCCAAUCUCCCUCUUUGCGAUCCCAAAACUAUGACUGGAUUCAAUGGUCGGAAGUCAGAAUCAUAUAAAGAUGGGCCUAUUCGAGUGCUGGGAAUCGAUCAUGGUUUGUACUCCAAUCCUUUUAUCAAUCCUUGUAAGCCUCCUGUCAAUAACUGCAUGCUCAGGGACCAUUUUAUAUCAUACCCUUGACCAUUAUUUUUAACUAGGUAUUACUCCGUUUUGGGACAGAGUUCAUGCAGGUGCUUGGGAUGCAGCGAAAAUCACCGAUAUUCAGCUGGAUUGGCAGCGGACGACACUGAAUGGCGUCUUCGACACUGACACUAUGGCUAGUCGAAUCAGAAAAGCCUCCGAGGAGCCUAUUGAUGGGUUAAUUGUCACUAUCCCCAACUCCGACAUUGCAGCCGCGGUCAUUGAUGUCCAGAGACAGCGUCCAGGACUUCCAAUUGUAGUCAUGAAUAUAGGCCUGGAAUCUGCCAGACAGCAAGGAUUCCUCUCCGUCUUACAGAACAAUGUCGCUGCUGGAGAAUUGAUCGGAAACGCACUACUUGACAAAGGAGCGCGAAGUUUUGUUUGUCUUGGCGCUGUGCCUUUUGUGCAAACGUUCGCCGACCGCUGUUCAGGAGUCCUCAAGGCUUUUAGGGCUCGGGGAUUGAAUCUUACCGACUCUUUCUCUAAUAGAACUAUAAUGGUCAAUCGCACUAACGAUAGUCAACAAGUCUUCCGAACCGUGAAGAGUCAUCUCGGAAAGUAUCCGAACGUUGACUCAAUUAUCGCUCUGUCAACACUCACAGUUGACUUGGCUGUGGAGAUUUCGCUGAAUAAAACAGGCAAUCCUGUGCCUGGGAGGCCAGGUGGGUUAUGGGUAGGCACAUUCGAAUUGAAUGAGAAUAUGAUAGAGUACGUUAAAUCAGGAACCAUUGUUGCGGCCACUUCCCAAUCGCCGUAUCUUCAAGGAGCGAUUCCUGUUCUAGAAAUUUUCCUUAUGGUUUCAUCGAAACAAAGAUUACAGGUAGACACAAUUUGGACGGGACCAACGCUGCUGGACGCUAGCAAUGUCGAAGCUGAGUAUGCACAAGAUCAUUCAGGAGACCUCUUCGACUUCAUUGCGCAGAACAAGACAGCUGUAGUGUUUAACCGCAAUAUUUCACUAGAGAAAACACGCUGGAAGGAGGCCUUGGGCGGUAUUAUCGAAGCGACGACAUUGUUUGGGUGGAACACGAUCUCAGCGACUUCAGUACCGGAAUUGGAAGGGGUCCAGAAUACCCUACUAUCUGCUGGUUCUGGGACGACUGGUAAUUUAGCUGAAUCGCGGUAUGGCCCAUAUAAAGGCAUUCAAGGCGUCAUCAUGUCCUUAGCUGAUAAGGAGCAAUACAGUGAGCUAUUGAACAACACCGUGAUGGGACCGAACAUGCCUAUCAUGGGUAUAGGCACAGUGGACAAUUGGGUGCCUUUACCGAGUAGAGUUGUUUUCCACGGGCCUAGCGAUACCGCCAUUGGCUCGACAUUCUCAUCUCAGAUCCUGAAAAACGGCUUUGGCAUACCUUUGUGUCUCAUAGAGUUAAAUGGGCCAUGGUGGCAAGAAGGACAUUGUAUCCAGCUACACAAGUUCCUAGCCACAAUAUACGGCGAGGCGAGAGUUGGCAGGUUGGAAGACAUGAUGAUGAAAAUUGAUGCGAAAGCCAGCGACUUGGUGUUUAACAGCAGCGAAAUUCAGGAGCGCGCCGCAUUUCAUAAUGAGCACUGGUACAAAAGACAGGAUAACGAGUCUACGUUAUCGCCGGACGAGCAACGCAUUAUCAAUGCUUUUUCGGAACAAGCCACGCUACCAUUUGACUCGAUCCUCUGCACAUCCAUACCACUUUAUGAAGUGGUAGCCAAGAUCUACCCUAAUCUUAAGAAGAUUCGUGGUUCGGCGGCCUCUAUUGGCUUAUCACCUCUGACGGAGAGCGCUACAUUGAGGGAGGGGUUACCUUUGCUUUCCAAGGCAGCACCGGAUUCAAGUUCUCCUGGAGUAUUCGUGAUGGGGACAUCUACGAAGGCAAUCCAUUCUUUGGCAAAUAAUCAGUAUAUCACUGGCAUCCUGAAUCCACAGCAAUACAUCCAGGGGUUUCAUUCAGUUCUCAGUCUUUCAAUCAGAAUGAUGUAUCCUAAUCGAGCCAAGGUCUUUAACCAGUUCCUUGCUACCGGACCUGUGCCCAUAAACUACGUUUGUGAGCCCGGUACAUAUUACUCGUCCGGUCGAAGCAUUCCGGAGAGCAUGGAAGGGUCUGCGGGUGCUUUUCAAGGGAUCCCCAUGAAUUUGUCACCAUAUACGAGCACAGACUUUUCAAGUGAGGAUACAGAUACAGUGCUCUGCGUGGAUCCUGAUGGUCAUGUAAAAGUUCGGUCCAUGUGUACACGCUGUUCUGCCGGAACAUAUAGCAACUAUUCGGAUGCACUCAAAUGCUCCUCUUGCCCUUCUGGUCUGACCACUACAGGUGUUGGUCAAGUAAGCUGUGUUGACUGCAGCGAUGGCAACUGUGGAAGCAGUUCAGGGAUCUGUCUAAACUUUUGAUGGCUAUCCUUAUUCCUCUCUUGUCGGGCUUGGUACUAGCGGCGUUGCUGGUCUUCUGCUGGUAUAAAAGGAAAAAAUACAUCAACGGGAAGAAACUUAAUGAUGACUCUUGGCAACUGGAUCUGGCAAAGUUGCUUUAUAGUGGCAUCGGAGGUGAGACAGAUAGAACUUAUGGCCUUCCACGCAUGAGUGGCCCUAAUAAUAUGAAUGGUAUUAUCCUUCCUGGCGUCACAGUUGGUAAUGCGUCUACGCUUGCAGCUUAUCUCAAAAGACGGUCAUCCGCUGAGUUUGGUCCGCGACUAAGUAAUGAUCUGGGGAAU